UUUCCCCUCCUUCCUCCCAUAUGAAGUCUGUCCUCCCCUCCGUCUCAUUCCCCUUCGGCAACACUUCUUUCCUUUCUCUUUCUCAUACUUGUCUUCUGUCUGCAUACAAGCUGGCAAAAGGGUGAGGCUUUAGGAGAAAACAUCACCGAGGCCGUCGAACUCACAAGCAUACACACAUUGAUCUCCUAAAAACCGCCGGCGAUAAUUCACAGUUGAGCAAAAUGGUUCAAUCAGCGAUUCUCGGUUUCCCCCGCAUGGGUGUGAACCGUGACCUGAAGAAGGCCACCGAAGCUUACUGGGGCGGCAAGAUCUCGCAGGACGAUCUCCUUGCCGAGGCCAAGAGGCUCAGACUUGCCCACUGGCAGAUCCAGAAGGAUGCCGGUGUCGACAUCAUUCCCAGCAAUGACUUUGCUUUGUACGACCAGGUCCUCUCACACAUCCAGGACUUCGGAGCCGUUCCCGAGAGGUACUCAAGCUCCAAGCUGAACCCCGUCGACGAGUACUUCGCCAUGGGUCGUGGUCACCAGAAGGAUGGUGUCGAUGUUCCCAGCUUGGAGAUGGUCAAGUGGUUCGACUCGAACUACCACUACGUCAAGCCCACUCUCCAGGACAACCAGACCUUCAAGCUGACGGCCAACCCCAAGGCCGUGAACGAGUUCAACGAGGCCAAGGAGGCUGGCAUUAACACCCGCCCGGUCCUCGUUGGUCCCGUUUCUUUCCUCCACCUCGCCAAGGCUGACCGUGGUCAGUCUGUCGACCCCAUCGACCUCCUUGACAAGCUUGUUCCCGUUUACGAGGAGCUCCUCGCCAAGCUCAAGGCCGCUGGUGCCGAGACUGUCCAGAUUGACGAGCCUGUACUCGUCUUUGACCUUCCCGCUAAGGUCAAGGCUGCUUUCAAGCCCACCUAUGAGAAGUUUGCCAGCCUGGGUGACAAGAUCCCACAGCUCGUUUUCGCCACCUACUUUGGCGACAUUGUCCACAACUUGGAUCUCGUCCCCAAGGACAUCUACGCUGUCCACGUGGACCUCGUCAGGAACCCAGAGCAGUUGGAGAGUGUCAUUGGUGCCCUUGGCCCUAAGACCAUUCUCUCUGCUGGUAUCGUCGAUGGCCGUAACAUCUGGAAGACAAACUUCAAGAAGGCCAUUGAGACUGUCGAGAGUGCGAUCCAGAAGCUCGGCAAGGAGCGCGUCAUUGUUGCCACAUCCAGCUCUCUUCUCCACACUCCCCACACACUUGCCAGCGAGAAGAAGCUUGACCCUGAAAUUGCCGACUGGUUCUCAUUUGCCUCGGAGAAGGCUGUUGAGGUUGCCAUCAUCGCCAAGGCCGUCACUGAGGGCCCUGCCUCUGUCCGCGAGCAGCUCGAGGCCAACGCCAAGUCCAUGAACGCUCGCGCCACCUCAAGCAGGACAAACGACCCCAAGGUUAAGGACAGGCAGUCAAAGAUUGUCGAGUCCGACUACAACCGCAAGUCGGAGUUCCCUACCCGUAUCUCGCAGCAGCAGGCCAAGCUCAAGCUUCCUCUCUUCCCCACUACCACUAUCGGAUCCUUCCCCCAGACCCAGACCAUCCGCGCCCAGCGUGCCAAGCUCACCAAGAAGGAGAUUGACGCUGAGCAAUACGCCAAGUUCAUCGAGGAGGAGAUUGAGAACAACGUCAAGAUCCAGGAAGAGCUCGGUCUGGAUGUCUUCGUCCACGGUGAGCCGGAACGUAACGACAUGGUUCAGUUCUUUGGUGAGCGCCUCGACGGUUAUGCCUUCACCACUCACGCCUGGGUUCAGAGCUACGGUUCCCGCUGCGUCCGUCCUCCCAUCAUUGUCGGCGACAUCUCUCGCCCGGCCCCGAUGACCGUGAAGGAGUCGAAGUAUGCAGUUUCGAUCUCAAAGAAGCCCAUGAAGGGUAUGUUGACGGGCCCCGUCACGUGUCUGAGGUGGUCUUUCCCCCGUGACGAUGUCCACCAGUCUGUCCAGGCUGAGCAGCUUGCCCUUGCUCUUCGUGACGAGGUUGUCGAUCUUGAGAAGGCUGGCGUCGACGUCAUCCAGGUCGAUGAGCCUGCUCUCCGUGAGGGUCUGCCCCUUCGCUCUGGAAAGGAGCGCGAUGCUUACCUCCAGUGGGCUGUCAAGGCUUUCAAGCUGUCGACCUGUGGUGUCGAGGAUUCGACUCAGAUCCACUCGCACUUCUGCUACUCUGAGUUCCAGGACUUCUUCCACGCCAUUGCUGCCCUUGACGCCGAUGUUCUGUCCAUCGAGAACAGCAAAUCGGACGCCAAGCUGCUUAAGGUGUUCGUCGACUCGGCCUACCCCCGCCACAUCGGCCCUGGUGUCUACGACAUCCACUCCCCUCGUGUUCCCAGCGAGCAGGAGAUCAGGGACCGCAUCGAGGAGAUGCUUCAGUACCUCAAGCCUGAGCAGCUCUGGAUCGACCCUGACUGCGGCCUGAAGACUCGCCAGUGGAAGGAGACUAAGGAGGCACUGACCAACAUGGUCAACGCCGCCAAGUACUUCCGCGCCAAGUACGCCAAAUAAGCUGCAAGUCGGCUUUUUUCUUUCUCUGAUGUUUUACUCAUUUGGGUUUUCGGCGUUUUGGAGCCCACGCAUUUCCGUGGCAUGACUUGCGGGAUUUGAUGUUCGAUUUCAACAUCGGCGUUUUUUUUUUUUUUCUUUUAUUCUGGGAUAUGAUAUCAAAAGUGCAAGCGAUAAGUCUCCGAAAAACAGGUGUUCGGGUGGGUUAAAAAUUGGUGGUUGGGUUCAUGGGAACGGCGUGAGGAGCAUUCAACAUUUGGCGAGGAAUACCAAAAGGGUUCCGGAGACCUAGAGGGAAAUUUUGUCCAUCAACCGGACUUCCCGAAUCACUCAUACCCCUAUUCUGUUUUCCUUUUAUUUUUCUUUUUUGUUGUUGUACGAGGUUCUUUUGCAUCUUCUUGCAACAUACCAUCAGAUAUAAUGACGGAGUUUGGGGCAGAGAAGUAGUUGACGUCAGUACAGGCUGGCCGUGGCAGGUAGAUAGUCACACUAAGAAUGAAUGAGACCCAAUUCAACUGGGUAAUAGACUGUUUUGGAC